GCUGGGCUUACAGAGAAAGAGCAGGGAGUGAGGGAGAAAACGAGUAGAGAGACCGAACCACUGAGGAUCGGAGAGGGACAGAGGGACAGAGGGAGAGAAAGACAGACUCGGAGACAGAGAGAAAGACAGUCGCACACACACAGAUGGACAGAAGGAGAGACAUGUCUUCUGUGGUUCUCCUUGUGGUUUUCUCCUGCGUGUUCCCAGAGCUGUUCGCCCAACAGGAACCCGUCUAUACUGUGUGUACCCGGGGGUUCUUCCUGAGUGAACAGCACAUCUGUUUGCCAUGUAACUGUAAAGGUCAUGCUCAGGAUUGUGAGGACAUCACUGGAGUCUGCAUUGACUGUCAGGAUCACAGUACAGGAGAUUUCUGUGAGAGAUGUGAAGAUGGUUACGUUCUCCAGGUUUCUCAUGAUGGUCAGCACGAGUGUCGGCCGUGUGCCUGCCCAGUGGCCUCAGAGUCCAACAACUUUGCCACACACUGUGAUGUGAGGGGUGCAGCUCUGCGGUGUGUUUGUCAGGACGGUUAUGCCGGACAUUACUGUGAGAGGUGUGCUCCCGGUUAUUAUGGCAACCCCAUUCGCGCAGGUGACUCGUGUAAGAAGUGCGACUGUAACGGGAACUCUGACCCCAACCUGAUCUUUAACGAGUGUCACAAUGUGACGGGGCAGUGCUUACACUGUUACCACAACACCGCCGGACACAACUGUGAGAGGUGUGCACACGGUUACUACGGCGACGCCAUCAGUGCCAAGGACUGCCGCAAGUGUGAGUGUAAUCAGUGUGGGACGGCGUCAUGUGAUGACCGGACAGGAGUGUGUCACUGUAAACCUGGGGUUACAGGACACCUGUGUGAUCGCUGUGAGGAUGGUCACUCUGGGUUCAGUAGUUGUAUGGGAUGUAGGAAGUGUGAGUGUGCCUCAGCAGCUCUGCACUCCUCCUGUAACACACUCACUCAGGCGUGUCAGUGCCGCCCGGGGGCAGGAGGACGCUACUGUGACCGCUGCUUACCCGGCUACUGGGACUACACACACACCGGUUGUAAGAAGUGUGACUGUCCCGAGGGUAACUGUGAUGUCCACACUGGAGAGUGUUUACCCGAGAUGUCUCAGGUCAGCGAGUGUAGUAUUGACUGUGAUGAAUGUAUCUGGCACCUGAUUGGUGAUGUGCGUCAGUCCAAUAAAACCGUGGAUCAGUUGAGGAACAGCGUCCUGAACAUCUCUACUGGAGCUGCAGCACAUGACCGCCUCAAAUACUACAACUACACUGCACACACACUCAGUGUGCAGUUUGUAGGAUGGAGGAAUAAAUCAGCGGUGUUGAGGAAACACACAGGAGAGCUGGAGGAGGAAACAGUACACCUUCAAACUGACACAGAGCUGCUCACACACCAGGAGGAGGGUGUGAUGUCAGUAGGGAAGCAGGUGGAUAGUGACACACUGCGUAGCUUGACAUUAGCUGAGAUGCUAGCAGCUAAUCUGACCUCUCUUAACGUGCUAAUAGAAGACAUGAUCAGUGAUUGGGAAGUAUACAGAGUCCAGCAGGAAGUAGAUCCUGAGCAGCAGAAUCAGAAGGAGAGUGAAGCUGAACACAUGCUGAGUCACAUGAGAGGCGUGAACCUGACACCCAAACAGUCCCUCGCUACACAGGAGAACACACACACACACCAGCUUCUGCAGAAUGUGCGUCAGAUGGAGAAAAGUGUGUUGCUGAUGGAGGGGCGCGUUCCUGCAGUCAGACAGCUGAUGAAGCGCUUCAGCUCGAGUCUCACACAUGGCCAGAUUUUCCUGCAUAAAGCACACGACACACUGCAGCAAACACACAACACACACUCACACAACCUGCUCCAUCUGCAGCGCAGAGAGGCUAAUAAACACCAUCUAAUGAAGAAUUAUAAUGCCGUUAAUCAGACUGUCAUGGAAGCUAAUGACACCUUAGUAAAUGCGGCGGUGGGUGUGGCGGAUUUGGACACCAUGGUUAAGAACGUGACAGAGUACCACGCAGAGGUGGACGGUGCUGCAGUGUUGAUACAGGAGAGAACCGAUCAACUUUCUAAGGCAGAUCACAACUUAGUGCAGAGAGCUACUGAGCAUGCUCAAGACCUGCAGAGACACGCCCACGAACUGCAGCAUAAUCUGAGGGGCAGUGACACACAUGGAUUUGUUCAGAAAGCUCUGGACGCGUCGAAAGUCUACGACAACAUCGUUAAAUACAUCAACGAGUCUGAUGAGAUUAGCGCGAGCACGCUGAACAUGUCCAUCAGGACAGAGGAUGCUCUCGGUGCUUUAAAGUCCCAGUUAAACUCCCUGAAAACACAGAGCAGUGACAUGUUUAAAGAGUCUGUGACACGCAACUCUGAAUAUACAGAGGUGGACACGACCGUCACUGACACUAAAAAAUACAUUGAGGAGACAAGAGAUAUGCUGCAGACAUCACGUGUCACACUGGAGGAACACGUCAAGAACAUGAACACCAUCCAAAGAGUCCGGAAGCUGCAGUCCACUCAGGAGGCAGCAGAGCGUGCUCUGAAUCACUCAGCUGAAGUUCUGGGGGUUGUUACACCGAUUAGGGAACAAGUGGAAGAAUGGAGCAGAAACAUGAGAAACAAUCAGUACUCCACCUCUGCCUAUGAACAGGCCGUGGACUCCGCCCGUAACACAGUGGAAGAUCUGUCAGCAAUUAUACCUCAGUUGUUGACAAAGCUGCAUGAUGUGGAAGAAAAGAAACCGGUCAAUGUGUCCACCAACAUAAUGAGGGUCAGAGAACUCAUCGCUCAGGCUCGUAGCGUCGCCAGCAAGGUGCAGGUAUCCAUGAAGUUUAAUGGGCAGUCCUCUGUGGAGCUCCACCCACCUGCUGAUGUAGAAGAGUUGAAGGUUGUGACUUCAAUUAGCCUGUAUGUGCGUGUGGACCCUGACUCAGACCCCAUCGAGGACCGCUUCCUGCUUUACCUCGGAGACAAGAAUGGCCGUAAGGACUACAUGGGCGUGGCUAUUAAGAAUGAUAAUCUGGUAUUUGUGUAUAAUUUGGGUGGAGAUGAUGUAGAAAUUCCACUCAGCUCUAAACCUGUGAGUUCCUGGCCUCCUGUGUUCAACCAUGUGAGAGUGGAGAGACUGGGUCGUCAUGGUAAGGUGUAUUUAACAGUCCCCAGUCAGGAAGCAGUGGCUGAGCAGAAGUUUAUACAGAAGGGUGAAUGGGAUGGGACCGAAUCUCUUUUUCACCUAGACCCCAGAGACACAGUGUUCAUCAUCGGAGGAGCUCCACCGGACAUCAAGCUUCCCCCUGCUCUGAGUUUAGCUCCAUUUGUUGGCUGUAUUGAACUUGCAUCUCUCAAUAAUGAUGUCAUCAGUCUGUACAACUUCAAAAAGCUGCAUGAAAUGGACGUUGAGGUGUCCAAACCCUGCCCCAGGUAUAAGUUAGCCUUCUCUCAGGGUCGUGUCGCGAGUUAUCUGUUUGAUGGUUCUGGUUAUGCACUGGUGCGGAACAUUGAAAGGCGGGGCAGGAUCAGCGUUGUUACGCGGUUUGACAUUGAAGUGCGCACAGUGGCUCACGAUGGAGUUCUCUUCCUCAUGGUUAAUGAGGGUCAGUUCUUUGUGCUAGAGAUAAGGAACGGGUUUCUGCGAUUGGUUUAUGAUUUCGGAUUUGCUAAUGGCCCCAUCGUGUUGGAGGGGAAUCUGACCAAACUGCAGAUCAAUGACGCCAGAUACCACGAGGUGUCAGUGAUCUACCACCAGUCUAAGAAGGUCAUUCUCCUGGUUGACCGGAGUUUCGUUAAAUCCACAGAAAAUGAGAAGAAAACUCUGCCCUUUAAUGAUAUUUACAUUGGGGGAGUUCCAUCAGAUGUACUGCACUCACGGCCUGAGUUCUCCUCUCUGAUCGGACUGAAAGGAUGUGUUAAAGGAUUUCAGUUCCAGAAGAAAGACUUUAACCUGCUGGAGGAACCAGGAACCAUCGGCAUCAGCAGCGGCUGUCCCGAAGAGUCCUUUAUGUCACGUAAAGCAUAUUUCACAGGUGAUGGUUAUUUGAGCUCCACAGCGAAAAUCUCUCCAUUAAGCUCGUUUGAAGGAGGAAUGAGCUUCAGAACAACACAACCAUCAGGACUACUGUUCUACCACAGAGACGGGACGGAUGAGUUCUCUCUCUCUCUGGAGAACGGAGCAGUGGUUCUUCACUCCAGAGGAACUAAAGUGAAAUCUAAGAAGCACUACAGUGACGGACGACCUCACUUCCUGGUCGCCUCAGUCACUAAGAACAAGUUCCAGCUGGUGGUAGAUGACCGAGACAGACAGGAGAAGAAGAACCCGGGUUCUGGUCCUCACACAGACGGACUGCAGGAGUUCUAUUACGGAGGAUCUGUUCACAGCAACAUCAACAACUUCACCGGCUGUAUCAGUUACGCAUAUAUCAGCAGGCAGGACCGUGAUGUAGAGGCGGAGGAUUUCCAGCGUUACAGUAAGAAUGUGGGCGUGUCCCUGCAGGACUGUCCUUUACAGAAACCGCCCACUGCUGUGCGACACACACGUUCUGCACGACACACUCCUGACCACACACACUCCGCUCCACACACUCCUGUGGCCUUACACCAGAGAUGGAGGAUGACCCCUAUCUUGCCACAGAGCAUUCUGGGAGUGCAGGAUGGACCUCAGGUUGGUCCAGAGAAGAAGACCACACCUUGUUCCCUCUCCCCCCACCCAGGUGCUGUGAGAAAUGGACAUUACUUCAGUGGCCACAGUCGACAUGAGUAUGAUAGCAUUGCUGAGGUCAUUAGAGAAAGGUCAGAGUUCUCUAUGUCAGUGAGGACACACUCGGAGCAGGGCGUGAUUGUGUGUGUGUGUGGUCAGGGUGAUGAUGAUGAUGAAGACUUCAUGGCUCUCUUCCUUUCUCACGGUAAACUCUUCUUCACCUUCGGUUCUGCGCGACACGUCCUGCAGCUCCACAGCACACACACAUACAAUGAUGGAAGCUGGCAUGAGGUGGUGUUUAACAGACAUGCUGACAGGGCA